AGAGAGAGAGAAGAAAUGGGAAGUGUAGAUUUCAUGCCAUUGUUGGCCAUGGUCAUGGUGCAAGUUGGCUACGCGGGGAUGAACAUAACGUCUAAGCUGGCCAUGGACAGCGGGAUGAACCCUUUCGUGCUCGUCACCUAUCGCCAAAUCUUCGCCACCCUCGCCACCAUCCCUUUCGCUCUUAUCCUGGAGAGGAAGACAAGACCCAAAAUCACAGCCCCAAUACUGCUCCAGAUCUUUAUGUGUUCUCUCACCGGGGCUUUCAUGAAUCCAGUUUUCUAUUUCGUCGGCCUGAACAAUUCCACGCCCACGAUCGCGUGCGCGCUGGGCAAUAUCCUCCCGGCCGUGACGUUCUUGUUUGCACUGAUCUUCAGACAAGAAUCGCUUGGAAUCAAGUCGAAGGCGGGGCAGGCGAAAGUGAUCGGGACACUUGUCUGCGUGGGUGGAGCGAUGCUACUCUCGUUUUACCAUGGACCCGAGAUCGGAAUCGGUAGCUCGGCCAUCCACUGGAAGUACGCAGAGAAAAUGACAGACGAACACCCUACCAAGAAGGGCAACUUCUUCUUGGGACCUUUCCUUCUCUUUGCUAGCUCUGCUGCCUGGGCACUGUGGUUCAUCAUCCAAGCGAAACUGAGUACUAAGUUUCCAGCUCCUUACACCACCACAACAUUGAUGUGUCUCAUGGCCAGCGUCGAGUGUGCGGCCGUCAGUGCAGCUGUGGAACACCGUGUUGCCGCAUGGUCACUAAGAUCUGGAAUCCGGCUCAUCUCAGCUGUUUAUGCGGGUUUCGUAUGUUCGGCCGUGGCAUUCUGCGUUAUGACCUGGUGCGUCCAGAGGAAGGGUCCUUUGUACACCUCCGUCUUCAGCCCUUUAUUGCUCGUCAUCACGGCUAUCCUGAGUUGGGCACUUCUUCGCGAGAAAUUGUUCGUGGGAACAUUGGUGGGGUCUGUAUUGAUCAUUGCCGGGCUCUACUCUGUUCUCUGGGGAAAGGAUAAGGAGGUAAAACAAGCAAACAUCGCCGAGAAGAUGGAAGCAGCAGCGAAGAAUAGAGAGAAAGAAGACUUGGAGUUGCAGUUUCAGGCACACGGAAAUGGCGGCGACGGUCAACAUGAUCACAAUUGAGUAUUUUGCAUACAAGAAGACAAUUUGA